GGGCCGAGCGACAAGAGGCGGCCGGCGGCGAGCCCGGCCCGGCCCGGCGGCGAGCGGGGCAUGGAGAAGGCGGCCGGCGGGGAGCCGCGGCCACGGCGGCGGCGCUCGGGCUCCAGCCCCAGCCCCGAGCCCGGCCGGUCUCCCAGCCCCAGCCGCCUGGACGUGAGCUCGGCCCGCUUCGACCCGCUGCUGGCGCUGUACUCGGCCCGCACGCCGCUGCCCUUCCCCGGCGCGCCCUGCUUCAACAACCUGGCCGAGUACGAGAGCUUCCAGCGGGGCCUGCGCCGCCCGGCCGCCCGCCGCCGCCCGCCGGGCAGCGCCCGCCGCCGCCCGCCCGCCGCCGACCCCGAGCGGCUGCAGCGCCUCCGCGGCCUCAUGGUCAGCCGCGGCCCCGAGCGCGAGGCGGCGGCCCGCGGCCGGGCCGGGCGCCGCCGGGCCCCGCGCAACGUCCUCACCAGGAUGCCGCUUCACGAAGGCAGCCCUCUUGGUGAGCUACAUCGUUGUGUCAGAGAUGGUGUAAAAGUCAAUGUCCACAUCCGAACUUUCAAGGGGCUGCGUGGAGUCUGCACAGGGUUUUUGGUUGCGUUUGACAAAUUCUGGAAUAUGGCCUUGACAGAUGUAGAUGAGACAUACAGAAAGCCCGUACUGGGCAAAGCAUUCUACAGUGAACCUCAGCUGACUCUUACCAGGCUGUUCGACAGACUCAAACUGCAGGAGUCCUUGAUAAAGAAGGGAGUUGACUCAAGGACUGCAACAGAGGAGCCAGCCCUGACAAAUGAAUCAAAGACCCUUGGACGGAAAGCUGGGUCAGGACGCGGGAGAGCAGAGGAUGAGUGUGGGAUGCAGACAUUUUUGGGUGGAGCUGGAGAAAAGAAGACAACAAAUGACAACUUGCAUCUGGGAGUCAAGAAUAAGGCUGACCUGCCAAGCAGGACUGCCCAGACAGAGGGCACUAGUGCAGGGGGUGCUAAUGCAAAAGGCCAGCCACGGAAAAAGCAGAGGCCCAAAGUGGAUUAUCAGCAGGUGUUUACGCGUCAUAUAAACCAGAUAUUUAUCCGAGGAGAGAAUGUCUUGCUUGUUCAUUUAGCGCAUUGACUUGGCUGAGCCUUAGUCAGUAUAUUUAACACAUAGCAUGAAUUGCAGCUACAGCUCUGUGCUACUUAGCAUUGUUGUGAAGUACCAUGGUAUCAUAACUGUUUCCCUUCCUUCAACCAUAACAGGAUAGGGGAAAUAGAUGCAAGUUUGUCGGAGGUUGCGGCAUUUUGAGCCAGCUGCUAGAUCAGCCUCGCUAGACUUCUUCCAUUCAAGGGGUUGAAGGCAAGUUCAGCAAGAGUUUGCUUCUGCAAGAUGAGGAAACGAGAAGAAUCGUCAGGGCAGGACAGGAGGCUUCUUAACAGGCUAAAUUAAGACUGUUGAGGGGUGAAAUCAGUGUGCUUGGUUAUGGGACAAAAUAGUCACCCCACAUUUAAAGAGCUUGCGACUCAGCGUACAGUCUAAAAUGAGUGACCAAUGCUAAAUACUCUCUCAUAAUUGUGAGAGAAAUUAGUUUAAAAUGAAACCAGCAACUUAUGGAGUAUUAGUUUAAUAAUAAAGUCUGGCAAAGAAUAAUUCUUCUGUCUUAGUGUGUAAGGGAAUUAACAGCCUGUGCAAAAGAGGGACAACAGCAAUGGCGUUAACCUUUAGUUUCUUGCUGUGGCAGGCACACCUCUGUAAAUGCACCCCAAUCCCGAGCUGCCACACCUUCUGUUGUCAAAGCCUGUCUCUUGAACAAAGACAAUGUUGGGGUGUAUCUGAUGAGUCUAAAUAAGCAUUUGAAGAUCUCUCACCCUUCGGGGAAAAAAAAACCCUCUUUAAGGCAGGAUUUGAACUUGUCUCCGUUGGCAUAGCUUGUGCUCUUACUCACUUGCCAUGCUUUCUCCCUGCACUGCCAGCCAGCAGUUAAAGUAGUCAGUCCAAUAACUUGGAGUUUUUGUAUGAAACAAGAAAUCCUACUCCAGUCUUUUGUAUUUCUUAUCAUCCAUUGGCCACAUAGUAUAACAGUGAAAUGGUGAGACUGUACUUUUCUUGUCAAAUUUGAAAAAUAAUAGCUUGUGCUUAGCACAGUUGUACUGUAUCGAAGCAUCUUUGAAGUUCCCUCUAUUGAAAUGUGAGAUGCUGCCUCUCCAGCAGUUCUGAGGGGAACACAAAUCUUAAUGAUUCUUUCCGGAUAGUAUAUCUGUAUGAAUGGUGCUCCCUCUAAUUCCAGCUGAAUUGAAUUUCAGCGGUGUACUUAAUGUUUUAUGAAACAUAAAAAUUAAUGCUAAGCCCCAACAAAUCAGUGGUUUAAUUUCAGUAGUGUUCCCCUCCUCAUAUCUAAAUCACUGAAGAAUAGCCUCAAACCACUGCACUGUAUAAACCGUUGACCAACAGCUAUUGGUAAAUUCCUAGAGCCUAAGGCUGGAAGGGACCAUUAGGUCAUCUAGUCUGACCUCUUGGUACAUGACACACAAACUGGGAGAGUGGUAAGUAAUGAAGAGGACCAGUCACUGAUUCAGAGUGAUUUGGAUCGCUUAGUAAACUGGGUGCAAGCAAACAAGCAUUUUAAGAUGGCUAAGCGAAAAUGUAUACAUCUAGGAACAAAGAAUGUAGGUCAUACAGGAUGAGGCAGCUAUCCCAGGAAGCAGUGACUUUGAAAAAGAUUUGGGGUCAUGAUGGAUUAUCACCUGAACGUGAGCUCCCACUGUGACACUCUGGCCAAAAGAGCUAAUACAAUCGUGGGAUACAUAAAUGGGUAUCUUGAGUAGGAGUAGAGAUUAUUUUUACCUCUGUAUUUGGCAUUGGUGCGACUGCUGCUGCAAUACUGUGUCUAGUUCCGGUGCCAACAAUUCAAGAAGGAUGUUGAUAAAUUGGAGAGGAUUCAGAAAAGAGCCACAAGAAUGAUUACAGAUUAGAAAACAUGCCUUAUGAUAAAUAGAUCAAGCUCUUGGAGUUUGGCUUAACACAGAGAAGGUUAAGAAGUGACUUGAUUACAGUCUGUGUAACAAAUACUUAAUAAUGGGCUCUUCAGUUUAUCAGAGAAAGGUACAGCAUGAUCCAAUGGUGGAAGUUGAGCCUAGACAGAUUCAGAUUGGAAAUAAGGUGUAAACUUUUAACAGUGAGUAAUUAAUCACUGGAACAAUUUACCAAGGUUUGUGGUAGAUUCCCUAUCAUUAAACAUUUUAAAAUCAAGAAUAGAUGCAUUUCUAGAGCAGAUCUUUAGCUGUUAUUUUGGGGCUGUUCUCUGGACUGUGUUCUAUAGGAGGUCAGACUAGAUAACCACAAUGGUCCCUUCUGGCCUUAGAAUCUAUAUCCUAGGCCAUUACAUUUCACUCCUGUACUCCUGUAUUGAUCUCAGUUACCUGAUGCUGCAAAGCAGCUCCCCUGCUAAAAAUGAGAAUUAAGACUGUCCCGCAUUCUGAUGGGAGAACAACUUCUUAAUGCUUUAUAACCUGAGUCAUAAUGCAAUAAAAAGUCAGCCCUAGAAUUUACUGGUUAUACAAAACCUUAGAAGUAUAACUUUGCUGUUAAAAGUGAUGUAUAAAUUGUUUAUCUUUAGGAAUACAUCUGAUGCAGUUUCUGGACAUUCAAAACAGCCUUUUGUCUGGGGGGCUGUUUGAAACUUCUGUAGACCUUUCAAAUAAAGCACCUAUUAGGGUUUGGAUGACUGAUGGGAUAAGUCUCCAAAUUGCCAGUUCAAAUCCGGUCUUCAAUAAGGACUGGAAAUGAAAUGGAAUCUAAUCACUGUCACUGAAGACUAUAGUGGGAAUAAAUAUAAAUUCAAUAAGAUUCUGAAAACUUGCUAUGAAAAAAAGUGAAUUACUAUAACUUUUUAUAAUUAAGCAUAGCUUUGUUACCAAACCACUGUCUGAUCUCAGACUUUGGCCACUGAAAAGGCUUCUCUGGUCUCAGGCUCGGUCCAUCCCUCUUUUGAGCUAUUUUCCCUAUUCUUAAAAAGCCUUCUAUUGAUUCUUCUUUCUCCCUGCAGUCCUUUCUAAAAUCUUUGAGCAGAAAUCUUAUUUUCAUAUUUGCCCUUAAUUCACUCCGCCUUUCCAGUUUGGUUUUCUAUCAGGUCACUUUAUUAAGAGAGCUCUCAUAUGAGUUCUUAAAUUGUUGCUUGAGGUUGCAGCCAAAGAUUUUACUUCUGUUCUUGACUUCUCAUAAUCUUCUGUCACUGACUUAUUUUUUUCAUUGCCUCAGUUGUUUUUCUGACUGCACUCCAAUGUUUUCCUUAUCUCGUUCUGUUUUUUUGGGUAUCCUGGGACAACCAUUUCUCUGCCUCUUCUCCUGUCUCAGCCCAAAGGGCUCUGUUCUUGGUCCCAUAAUCUAUUUCUUCCAACUCACUCGGUGUGAUUAUCUCUGCUCAGGCCCAAUCUUAGGAUAACAUUCAGUUGUGUUCUUUCCUUUCCUUUUUUCUCCUAUACCCAUACUUCUUUCUACCUUGCUUGAUUCCAUUUCCACUUGGACUAAAGCCGCUCGCCUUAUAUUAGAUAUGACCAAGAUGAAUGUUCUCUCCAUCUCCACUGCUUACUUUUCUUUCUUGUUGUUAAUACUCCUAUCAAUGUGGUUGCUGCUGCUUCUAUGAGUCUUGAUGUUAUCUUCAACUAACACCUUUUCCCCACCCUUUUCUCUUGUUAAACCUUGCAGAUAUCACCUUCUAAACAAAUCUCUGGAGGCUUCUUAUUUACAUUAAAGUAAAAAUGCUGAUCCUUGAGCUGCUGAUUUAGUGCCUUGAUUUCUGCAUAGCUAUUGAUCUGCUUUUCCAAAAUCUUCUAGUCCGCCACCUCAGUUGACUAAUCACCCAACACAUGUACCUUUUUGCUCUCUCACCAUUCACGUUGCUGUUUGUUUCAUUUCAGCGUCUUGCUGUCCAUCAGUGUUGUCAAUUUAAAAAUUCUUUCUUACAAUUCAGUGCUUGAUCUGGUCCUUCUUCCUUUUAUUGCCCCUUUCAUAUCUCCAAGUGUUUCUAAAUAUUGCCGCCUCUUUCUAUAGCCCCAGAUCUGGUGCUUUCUUCCCCUCCUCCACCUCUUUCUGACAUUCUGUGACUUUUAAAACCCAUCUGCAAAAUUGUUUAUUUUUGUCUCUUGUGAGUGUAAGGUAUUGUCACUCAGCCACAAACAAGUCAAUAGUGAUCUUGUGUGCUUCUUUUAUCCGUAUGCAGCACUUUGGAUAAAAGUUACUAUACAAGGGCUUGUCUACUUGGGCAGUCAUUCGGGAAUAGCUAUUCCUAAUUAACUCCAUGUGUGGACACAGUUAUUCUGAACUUAAAGUAAUAACUGGAACAGAUAAUAUGCUUUAAAUUCACUCUUCCUUAUUCUAUAUUAACUUUUAUAUGUCAACAAGCCCUAAAUAAAAUCUGUGAUCUUCUGGAAUGAA